AUGGAGGGCAGCGCUGGCACCUCCAGGAAGGUCUCUUUUGGAGCUUCACAUGUGACCCUUGAUGGCUCAGACUACCUGGGGGAGCUCAAAGACAUCACUUGGGGUGACUGGGAGCCAGUGUGUCUGGCUGAAGCCAAGGGGCCGUGGGAGGAAGGAAGGGGAGGUCCGGAGCAGGGCCUGAGAACUGCAUUCCUGGCCAGCUUCCAGCUGAGGCCGCGCUCCCGGCCCGGGACCACCCUUCGAGCCUCCUUGGACUCCAGCUUCCGCGCUGAAGAUGCUAACUGGCCGCGGGGAAGUGUCUGGGGCUGGAGUCCGGGGACGGCCCGCGGUCCCGCCUGCGCGGUGGGUGGCGGCGGUGGCUGUGGCCCGGGGCUGGGGCGGUGGGGAUGGGGGGCGGCCUGCCGGGUCUGGGCCGGCGAGAGAGGGCGGGGGCCGGCCAGCCCGGCCUCCGACCCGUUUAUUUACUUAAACAACACAGAGCCCGCCCUCCGCGGGGCCAGGCCCGGGGCAGUUCCAGAAUGGGACUGGACGCCGCGUCUUUGCAGCAGCCCACCCACGUCGCCGGAGGCGCCCUCGGCUGGGCCUCCGUCCGAGGAAAUGACGGGCUGCGCUGGGGCGUCGCCGGCGGGCCGGGAACGCGGGGAUGAUCAAUCCAAUUUGGUGCAGCAGAAGAUCAUCAAUAAAGAGCAGAGACUGGGGACCUCAGCUGACGGGGUAAACUGA